CUAGUUAGCUGGUACCAGGUACAGCCCAAAUUUGAACCACUUACUUGUUCAUACCUUCACCCGUCACCUUCAACGAUGUUACAUUGAGAAACUCCGUUGCACCAUUUCUACCAAUCUAAGAAUUCUCACACAAGUCAGAGUAAGGUGGGAAUAGACGCAUAGACACCCAAGGCCGCAGCUGCACGCACCAAGUCAAAGCAUUUCUAUCGUAGUAACAAGCAGUACUGUACCAAGGCAAGGCAAGGCAAGGCAAGGCAAAGCAACGCUGAUCACCCCAAUGAUGCAGCGUUCCGGACCAUGGACUCGUCAGGAAGAAGAGUACGCGGAAGCUAUCGUUGCGGCCUUUCAUGGUGGCAGACUCACGGAAAUCGAGCAUGGUCAACGACUCCGCAAGUAUUUGGCCGAAAUGCUCAUGUGUUCCCCCAAACGCAUAUCCAAGAAAUACGAAGGCACUAACUACAAAGGCAAGCAAACUUAUCGCUCUGAUCCUACCGUAACGAGCGGGCAGCUUCUCGAGACAAGGCAGCUGCUUUCCGUACUCGAGCAGAGAUUCCUGCACUCGAUAGAUAGCACACCUCGUCGUGACAGACCUGCCGCCGGUCAACUGUCUGCUGCUGCUGCUGCGCCACGAAGUGAAACUCGACCCUGGUCUCACGAUGCUCUACUGCACCAGGCGGCAGCAGCACAAGAUCCAUCGUCGUCCUCCAAUUCCGCGCUGCUGGGUGGGAGACUCCCUUCCUCCGGAGCAGCAGCCGCCACCCGCGGUAAUCCGGCAGCGGCUUUUGGUGCGGAUCCGGUUCCGUCCCUUUCGAGCUUGAACGCUGAGCUGUACCGGAGAAUCGCCAACCAGCAACUCGCAGCGGGGGCUUCGACCGCGGCUGGUGGUGGUUUUGCCUCGUCCCUACAAUUUCCGACUGCGUCACUGCCAUCUGCAGCCAGUGCUACGGUGUCGAGGAAUCUGUCGGACAUUACAGCAGCGGCGUCUCUAUGGGCGGGCGGUGACUCGACGAUGGCAGCAGCACCUACUGGUGGCCUGACUGGCCGUUCAACCGGGUCUAGUAGUUUAGCCACUACGGGGGCGCUGAGCAGGGCUUCGCUCACUCAGGGGGGUUGGGAAUCAUAUCUUUUGUCAUCGGGAAACGCCCAGGCCCUGUCCAACAGGAACCACCAAGGCAACACUGACGCGUUUCAGAGGGGUAUCUUGAAUGCUUCCGAUAUCGAUAGUAUCCUUUUGGCGCAACAACGGGGGUCCCUAUGGCCUGCGCUAUCCAUCAGACAGGCUGGCAUGUCGUCGCCGCGUUUUCCCGGUGCUGCUGCUCGGGCAUCCAACGCUAACGAAAGGGAUGCGAUUGCGUCGUUAUCACUACCAACAUCGCAGGCUCGGGUGCCGUUUGCGAGUGCGCAGCUCGGUCUUUCUCAGAUGGCAUCAUUGCCUGAAGCUCCUCGUCCACAAGGUCCGCUCGUUGCCGCGGCUGAUACGUCUUCUAGCCUUGCUGCUUUGGGGUCCAGCAUUUUGGGACGGGAUUUCCAAUCGCUGGCCAACUUGAACAGCGGACGAGGAUUCGGUGCCAAUCGAUUACUAGGCGCACCAACAGCGACGACAGCAGCAACACUUCCAAACGUAUCAUUGGUGAUGCAGGAAGCAGCUCGCCGCGAUGAAAGGCGGCUGCAAGCAGGCGGGACGAUGGCCGCAGAGGCGUGCAUGCUUCCUGGAUCAGCAGCAGAAGAGCGAAAGCGACCCAGCGAAGAUGACGAAGUUCAACAUGACGCCUCGCCAUCCAAACGGAGAAAAAAAGGGACAUAAAAAGAAGUUUUCAGCGGGAUAGAGUGGUCGAACUGUUACUACAGCGAUUUGGGCAACCCAUGUGGCGUUCCGCUGAUUCGAUUCAGGAAGGAACACCACAGCACGUUCGUUGAAGAUAGCUAGCUAGAACACCAAGUUCAUUUCACUAGCCAGUUGCGGGCUGGGUCGCUCGCAAUAGAUAUUUCAUACUGUAGAGGUGCAAAAUAGCCAUGGCUGGCAUGCCAAUAUGCAACAGGUGCACUGAAGUCAGAAAGACUGGAUAGCCCUCUACUAGCAUACCGGUACCGGUAGCUGCCGGUAUGUUGUAUAGCACGUGAGCUACUGGCUGGCAUCUAGCUACCAGUAGCAUCUGCGAGAGCUCAAGUAGAGUUGAAGCGUGCUGACUCACCAUGUAGCAAGAAGGGCGUACUAGUCUUUAGCACUCAUCAGCCGCAUCCACCGUGUGAUUCGAUUCGCUUCUGAUCUGAGUUCCGGCCAAGCACUCGGGGUUUCAGAGUCUUAGGUGUCUUAUAGUUGGGCAGUUCGUAGGUCGCCUUGGAGGAGGCAGGGGCGGCAGCAGGAAACUACUAGCUAGCUAGUACUCUGGGCAGAAGGGUAGAAUUUUCCUACCCACCUGCGAUCUUGCUGGUCCAGCCGAAGAGGGUUUUGUGAGGCAGGGAAUGCUUGAGCUUUACGGCUUUGCUUUUUGGUGACUGAUGCCGCGACCUAGACCCUACUAGCUAGUAUGCUAGUAUCCCAAACUCGAUGCUGUAGACAAAUAAAUCUUCUCCGUAAAACCUUCCUCAAUUUAUUUGUUGUAGUUGCUUCCAGCUUCAAAGAAUUCCAAGGAGCUUCUCAUCAACCAAGUUAGUGGUGUUUCUUAGUUUCAGGUGAAUACAACUAUUUGAGAAGAAAAUUCCCCGGUGGCUCUGCGGGCUCAGCCCAGGGAUGGCUGAGGUACCAGAGCAUCUUGCAUCUUGUGUUCCUGAGGAUACAUGUAUUGGGACUCUACGAAGCUCCUACGGGCUAAAGAGAGGAUUGCAUCUUGACUGGGUCCCCCCUCUCUCAGAUGGUUUGGAGUCCAAGAGUGGUCGAAGAUGUUCCGCGAAGGUGUUUUAAUGGCUAGUGGCAUCACUCAGUACGGAGCCGAACGUACGAACUCGUAUGGUUGCAAUGGACCGGUACUGGAGUAGUUAUCUAGUAGUUUUAUGAGGUUUUCAGCAUUAUAGCUGUACAAGAUAACGAAAAGUAAGAUUUAAUUGAUGGGUCAACAGAGCAGGCCGAAGGGAAAGAUCUUGGGAAAGAUACUACCUAUAAUAUCUAAAGAGCUAUCUAAAGUGUAAGAUGCUGAAGAGCUGAAAGUGCUGGACCCAAUAGCUCCCCUUCUGCAUGUCUUUGAAGACCAUCAUGAUUCGUGAUACUUUACGCCAAACUACUGAAGAACACCAAAGAUGGCAUUUUGAUUAGCGCUGAUAACUGCCCUUGGGGCCCUUGACUAGCAGCGGCAUCUCUGCUCUUCCUUCAGUCUAUAACAGUACCCCUGAGGACUGGGAAAGAGAGUGCAUUAAAGUCAUUAAAGGCCCUCAUUCUGCAACCUUCUACCCUAUUAACGGAAGCUGAAAGAAGAAAGAAGGAUUUCCCUGUCUCUUUGGUCUCCUAAUUAUUGGAAUGAGGUGGUGGCCAACUAAUAGGAGAUCUCACUGGUAAAAACAAGCCACAUGAAGUUCUCAGUGCUUUCUGAGUAAUUAAUAGGCAGUCUUCUUGUCUUCUUUUCUAUUGGGAUGGGAUUCCCCUUGUUUUGGAU